GGUGUCGUCCAGUCGGUAAGUUCUCAUUCUUUUUCAGUAAAUUCUUCAUAUUGUGUUAUUUGUGGGGAAAGUGAGUUAUGGACAUAUACGGACUAUAACAAUAUUAGGACAUUAUACUAAAUAUAACAAUAGACAUUAUACUGACUAUAACAAUAUUAGGACAUUAUACUGGAUAUAACAAUGGACAUUAUACUGACUAUAACAAUAGACAUUAUACUGAACAUAACAAUGGACACUAUACUGAACAUAACAAUGGACACUAUACUGACUAUAACAAUAUUAGGACAUUAUACUGACUAUAACAAUAAACAUUAUACUGAACAUAACAAUGGACAUUAUACUGAACAUAACAAUAGACAUUAUACUGAAUAUAACAAUAGACGUUAUACUGACUAUAACAAUGGACAUUAUACUGAAUAUAACAAUGGACAUUAUACUGACUAUAACAAUAGACAUUAUACUGAACAUAACAAUGGACAUUAUACUGAAUAUAACAAUGGACACUAUACUGACUAUAACAAUAUUUGGACAUUAUACUGAAUAUAACAAUAGACAUUAUACUGACUAUAACAAUAGACAUUAUAAUGAAUAUAACAAUAGACAUUAAACUGAAUAUAACAAUAGACGUUAUACUGACUAUAACAAUGGACAUUAUACUGACUAUAACAAUAGACAUUAUACUGAACAUAACAAUGGACAUUAUACUGAAUAUAACAAUGGACACUAUACUGACUAUAACAAUAUUUGGACAUUAUACUGAAUAUAACAAUAGACAUUAUACUGACUAUAACAAUAGACAUUAUACUGAAAAUAACAAUAGACAUUAUACUGACUAUAACAAUAGACAUUAUACUGAAUAUAACAAUAGACGUUAUACUGACUAUAACAAUGGACAUUAUACUGAAUAUAACAAUAUACAUUAUACUGAAUAUACCAAUGGACAUUAUACUGACUAUAACAAUAGACAUUAUACUGAACAUAACAAUGGACAUUAUACUGAAUAUAACAAUGGACACUAUACUGACUAUAACAAUAGACAUUAUACUGAAUAUAACAAUAGACAUUAUACUGACUAUAACAAUAGACAUUAUACUGAAUAUAACAAUAGACAUUAUACUGACUAUAACAAUAGACAUUAUACUGAAUAUAACAAUAGACGUUAUACUGACUAUAACAAUGGACAUUAUACUGACUAUAACAAUAGACAUUAUACUGAACAUAACAAUGGACAUUAUACUGAAUAUAACAAUGGACACUAUACUGACUAUAACAAUAUUUGGACAUUAUACUGAAUAUAACAAUAGACAUUAUACUGACUAUAACAAUAGACAUUAUACUGAAUAUAACAAUAGACAUUAUACUGACUAUAACAAUAGACAUUAUACUGAAUAUAACAAUAGACGUUAUACUGACUAUAACAAUGGACAUUAUACUGAAUAUAACAAUAUACAUUAUACUGAAUAUAACAAUGGACAUUAUACUGACUAUAACAAUCGACAUUAUACUGAAUAAAACCAUGGACAUUAUACUGCUUAUAACAAUAUUUGGACAUUAUACUGAAUAAAACAAUGGACAUUAUACAGACUAUAACAAUGGACAUUAUAUUGACUAUAACAAUAGAAUUAUACUGACUAUAACAAUGGACAUUAUACUGAAUAUAACAAUAGAAUUUUACUGAAUAUAACCAUGGGCAUUAUACUGACUAUAACAAUGGACAUAAUACUGACUAUAACAAUAGACAAUAUACUGACUAUAACAAUGGACAUUAUACUGAAUAUAACAAUAUACAUUAUGCUGAAUUUAACAAUGGACAUUAUAUUGAAUAUAACAAUAGACAAUAUACUGACUAUAACAAUAUACAUUAUACUGAAUAUAACAAUGGACAUUAUAUUGAAUAUAACAAUAGACAUUAUACUGACUGUAACAAUAGACAUUAUACUGAAUGUAACAAUAUACAUUAUACUGACUAUAACAAUACUAUGGCAUUAUACUGAAUAUAACAAUGGACAUUAAACUGAAUAUAACAAUAUUUGGAAAUGAUACUGAAUAUAACAAUGGACAUUAUACGGACUAUAACAAUAUUAGGACAUUAUACUGAAUAUAACAAUGGACAUUAUACUGACUAUAACAAUACUAUGGCAUUAUACUGAAUAUAACAAUGGACAUUAAACUGAAUAUAACAAUAUUUGGACAUUAUACUGAAUAUAACAAUGGACAUUAUACUGACUAUAACAAUGAACAUUAUACUGAAUAUAACAAUAUUUGGACAUUAUACUGAAUAUAACAAUGGACAUUAUACUGACUAUAACAAUGAACAUUAUACUGAAUAUAACAAUAUUUGGACAUUAUACUGAAUAUAACAAUGGACAUUAUACUGACUAUAAAAAAUAGACAUUAUACUGACUAUAGCAAUAUUUGGACAUUAUACUGACUAUAAAAAAUAGACAUUAUACUGACUAUAGCAAUAUUAUGACAUUAUACUGAAUAUAACAAUGAACAUUAUACUGAAUAUAACAAUAUUUGGACAUUAUACUGAAUAUAACAAUGGACAUUAUACUCAAUAUAACAAUGGACAUUAUACUCAAUAUAACAAUGGACGUUAUACUCAAUAUAACAGUAUUAGGACAUUAUUCUAAAUAUAACAAUAGACAUUAUAGAAAUUGAAGAAAAUAGGAAGCAGAAAGGAUACACUCAUAGAAGGGAUUAACCCUAUAUAGACUACAGCAGUAGUGAAAGUAGAAAAGGAGAACAAGUGAGUGCCCUCAAAUUAAAAUAUAACUUUUAAUAUAGAAAUAAAUUAAAACAAAUUGUAUGGUAUAAAGAUCAAAAUAAAUAUAUAUAAUAAAAUGAAAUACUGUAGGAUCAAUUAUAUAAAGCGUGAUUAGCGAUAGUAAACCAAGGAGGUCCUGUUCAAAAGUUUGCAGGACAAAUCUCCAAAUAAUAUGCAGAAAACCUUAUAGGUUUUCAAAUGCAUAAAAAUGUGUGUCUCAAAUAAGUUACCACAGUGGAAAUGCACAAUCCAUACAAUAUUAAAUAGAAAUUGUUACAUACAUAGUGCCAGUUGGAUCCAAAACCGGCACUGGAUAAAAUUUAGUGUAAGAAAAAAAUUUAUUAUUAUUAUAUUCCUCACUAAAUAGCCAGCUCAUACAGAGGGAGUAGGGAUUAAUACGAAAAUAUAACAAGAGCAUGUGCUCUAAAAACCUCCCACUUGUAUAGCUGGAAUAGGGCUAAAUAUCGAAGUAUGAAGAAUAUAAAGUCUAAUGCCUGUCUGAACAGACGGCGAUACUAUGGUCGAUGUGUAUUGAAAGAGCCCUUUCCCCUGACGCGCGCGUUUCGCCCACAGCUCAUCAGAAGGGAACCGAUGUGCGGGAAAACAUACCAUCACGUUUCUGCUUAUAUCGGUUCCCUUCUGAUGAGCUGUGGGCGAAACGCGCGCGUCAGGGGAAAGGGCUCUUUCAAUACACAUCGACCAUAGUAUCGCCGUCUGUUCAGACGGGCAUUAGACUUUAUAUUCUUCAUACUUCGAUAUUUAGCCCUAUUCCAGCUAUACAAGUGGGAGGUUUUUAGAGCACAUGCUCUUGUUAUAUUUUCGUAUUAAUCCCUACUCCCUCUGUAUGAGCUGGCUAUUUAGUGAGGAAUAUAAUAAUAAUAAAUUUUUUUCUUACACUAAAUUUUAUCCAGUGCCGGUUUUGGAUCCAACUGGCACUAUGUAUGUAACAAUUUCUAUUUAAUAUUGUAUGGAUUGUGCAUUUCCACUGUGGUAACUUAUUUGAGACACACAUUUUUAUGCAUUUGAAAACCUAUAAGGUUUUCUGCAUAUUAUUUGGAGAUUUGUCCUGCAAACUUUUGAACAGGACCUCCUUGGUUUACUAUCGCUAAUCACGCUUUAUAUAAUUGAUCCUACAGUAUUUCAUUUUAUUAUAUAUAUUUAUUUUGAUCUUUAUACCAUACAAUUUGUUUUAAUUUAUUUCUAUAUUAAAAGUUAUAUUUUAAUUUAACAAUAGACAUUAUACUGACUAUAGCAAUAUUAGGACAUUAUACUGAAAAUAACAAUGGACAUUAUACUGACUAUAACAAUAUUUGGACAUUAUACUUAAUAAAGCAAUGGACAUUAUACAGACUAUAACAAUGGACAUUAUACUGAAUAUAACAAUAGAAUUAUACUGAAUAUAACCAUGGGCAUUGUACGGACUAUAACAAUGGACAUUAUACUGAAUAUAACAAUAAAUUAUACUGAAUAUAACAAUGGACAUUAUACUGACUAUAACAAUGGACAUUAUACUGAAUAUAACAAUAUUUGGACAUUAUACUGAAUAUAACAAUGGACAUUAUACUGAAUAUAACAAUGAAUAUUAUACUGAAUAUAACAAUACAUUAUACUGAAUAUAACAAUGGACAUUAUACUGAAUAUAACAAUAUUUGGACAUUAUACUGAAUAUAACAAUGGACAUUAUACUGAAUAUAACAAUAUUUGGACAUUAUACUGACUAUAACAAUGAACAUUAUACUGAAUAUAACAAUGAAUAUUAUACUGAAUAUAACAAUGAAUAUUAUACUGAAUAUAACAAUAGGACAUUAUACUGAAUAUAACAAUGGACAUUAUACUGAAUAUAACAAUAUUUGGACAUUAUACUGAAUAUAACAAUGGACAUUAUACUGAAUAUAACAAUGGACAUUAUGAAUAUAACAAUAUUUGACAUUAUACUGACUAUAACAAUGAACAUUAUACUGAAUAUAACAAUGAAUAUUAUACUGAAUAUAACAAUGAAUAUUAUACUGAAUAUAACAAUAUUAGGACAUUAUACUGAAUAUAACAAUGGACAUUAUACUGAAUAUAACAAUAUUUGGACAUUAUACUGAAUAUAACAAUGGACAUUAUUUUCUGAUUGUCAGCUCUCAGGCUCUCUAACUAGAUGCUGUAUCUCGUUCACAGCUUGGUAGGGCUCUUCUGAUAAGCUUGGGUGGCAGAGUGGUAAGUUUCAUUCCUUGCAUUGCAUGCUGUCCUGACCCGUUUAAUAUAACAUAUUAUUAUCGCUCAUAGUAUAUAUAUAAUACACCCCUCAUUCAUUAGCAUGUGACAAAGGGAAUUACCAUUAUCGUGUUAUAGCUCCAACACAAUUUUAAAACAAUUUUAUAACAAAUAAAAUAAUUUUUAGAGAAAUAGGAUAACGAUAAUGCCCAGUUUGAGAAGAAUAAAGCUCAGCUGCAUGCAGAGCAUAUAAAGGAUGUCUGACCUUUAAUGAGCUCUGCGUGGGGAAACCAGAUAGAUCAAGGUGGGCUUUGACCAAUGUAACCCUCUGUAUGAUUUUCCAGUAAGAGAUAUUCCAUAACCUGUGCAUCUCUUCGCUAAUGAUCUGCAAUGCUAAUUAAACCAGAAGUUCAUGCGUUAUAAAAUACUCUGUCUAACUGUAACCACACAUAGAUCAGUUAAAGCUCAUCAUAUCAUCUAUUCCAGUGAACUGCAGCCAUGUCUUCAGACGCAGAUAUGGCGGUCUUUGGGGAGGCUGCACUGUAUUUACGUAAGACUGAGAAGGAGAGAUUAGAGGCGCAGAACAAGCCUUUUGAUGCGAAAAACUCCUGCUUUGUGCACGAUGACAAGGAGCUUUAUGUGAAAGGAACAGUUGUUUCACGGGAAGGUGGCAAAAUCACUGUCAAUACUGACGAUGGAAAGGUAAGCAGAAAAAUGAAUCCACAUUUAUGUAUUUAAUCAAUAUGACAAUAUUCCCGCUGAGUCCUUUCAAUUUAUUUGUAGACUGUAACAGUUAAAGAAGAUAAGGUGAACCCCCAAAAUCCCCCGAAGUUCGAUAAGAUUGAAGACAUGGCCAUGCUGACCCAUCUAAACGAGGCAUCCGUGCUGUAUAACCUCAAAGAGCGUUACGCAGCCUGGAUGAUUUACGUAAGAAACUAUGACAUCAAUGCAUUGAUGAGAUGGAUAUUCUAGAAACUAUAUGAGAGGAGCAGAGAGGGGAAGGGAAGAUGGGGAGAAAAUAAAGAUUAUAUGAGAUAGCUGGAUAAAGAAACAGUAGAUGGAGUAAGGGAGGAGAGGAUAUUGAAUAUUUUGGUGAGAUAUAAUAUACAAACAGACAGAGUUUUAAUUUUUAAUUAUAGGUUUAAUUGUGUUUUGCAGACCUACUCCGGCCUGUUCUGUGUGACUGUGAACCCCUACAAGUGGCUGCCAGUGUACAACCCCGAGGUGGUGAAUGGCUACAGGGGAAAGAAGCGUCAGGAAGCGCCUCCCCACAUUUUCUCAAUCUCUGAUAACGCCUAUCAGUUCAUGUUAACAGGCAGACCCCCAAUGUAGACCCCAGCAUUGCUAAUUAAUGUAAUAGACAUUAAAUGUUAAUUCAUAAAUUGUCACGUAUUUAUAUAUUAUAGCAUAUAUUCUGCUAGAUUUAUUCUGUACCAAAUGGACUUUGUUUUUGUCAGAGCCGUGACUCAUAUUAAUACAAGAAAUGAAAUAAAUAAUUAUACUAAUACUAAAUCAUUUCUGUCUUUUUUCCAUUUUACAGAUCGUGAGAACCAGUCAAUCCUGAUUACGUAAGUUAAUUCUUAUUUUAAGUUAAAAAAUGCAGGUCCAAAGAAUUUUCUCUAUAAGCUGAGACUUCUACAGAUAUGGCACAUGACUUGAAAUUGAAAUAAAAAUUAAUAUUAUGUUCACGGUAUUUGUGUUGUUUGUUCAUGGUAUUUGGAUACAUUUGGUGAACGCCACAUGGCAAGCCAAUUCAAGUCUCAUUUUGCUCUCCCAUGACUCAUACCCUAGCAUAUUACAAAGUCAUGUGUUUUAUUUAUUUCCAAUAGUGGAGAAUCCGGAGCUGGAAAGACUGUGAACACCAAGCGUGUCAUCCAGUACUUUGCAACAAUUGCUGCAGAUGCUGGCAAGAAGAAAGAGUCUGGCAACAAACUGCAGGUAAAGAGGACACAAUAAUCAAGACCCCCAUAUUAAACCGUAUACAUUCACCAUUCAACCACAGCGUCCAUCAUAUUAAACCGUAUACAUUCACCAUUCAUCCACAGCGCCCAUCAUAUUAAACCGUAUACAUUCACCAUUCAUCCAUCCUCUUAAUUCAUAGAUUUUGUCAAGUACAGUGUUCUGCUCGUGUUCCUCAUCCUUUUUCCACAUCGAUUUUGAUGGUUUCUAAUUCAGUAAUGCUCUAUUUUCCUCAUUGCCUCCUCCAUGUACCUUUCCAGUGCCGAUAAAUCUCCCUCUAAACGCUACUCACCUAUGUAAUUGCCACAUUCAGCUAGAUACCUCAGCUACUGUUUAUGGAACUGCCUUACAUCCCUGCUCCCUUCAUUACUUCCUCCCUUUAUUUCCUCUUCCUCAGCAAUCUCUAUCUGUCCAUAGAAUAUAAAACAAUAAAUCCCUCCAUUUAUUCUAUCCUCAGACCACCCAUUCCCCUGACAUCACCGUGUAUUUCCAAGUUAUCUCUCAAUAUUUAAUUAAUCUGAUUCGAAUCUAACAUUUAGUAUACUCAUACAAGAUUAAAUAUUCACUUCCCUAGAGGACUCUGAGAAAAAGAAAUGUGGUUUUAAUGAAUAAAUAAAUGUGAGGAACUGUAUUUUCAUCAUGCAUCUGAAAAGGUAUUUUCUUUACAUGCGUUCUAAUCACAAAUUACCAGGGAACUCUGGAAGAUCAAAUCAUCCAGGCCAACCCUCUACUGGAAGCCUUUGGUAACGCCAAGACUGUGAGAAAUGACAACUCCUCUCGUUUUGUAAGUUACACACAUUUGGAAAUGUAUAGACAUAUAUCUCAGAAAUGGAAAUAUUGUUAAAUGAUCAUUUCCCAUCUUUAGGGUAAAUUUAUCAGAAUUCACUUUGGGACCACAGGAAAACUGGCCUCUGCAGAUAUUGAAACAUGUAAGGCUCGGCAACCUUAAUUAUGUAUUUUUCCUUUAACUUAGUUUUCUGUCUACUGAUCUGUAAUUCCGCAUCAUUAUAGACCUUUUGGAAAAAUCCAGAGUGACAUUCCAACUGUCAGCUGAGAGAAGCUACCAUAUCUUUUACCAAAUCCUGACCAACAAGAGACCAGAGCUUAUUGGUAAGAUUAGACUUCUACCAACGACGAUAUCAUAGAGAAAAAGUGAUGUCAACAUGGUCUGACAUCUAUUAGAUAAUCAAUGAAACACGCUUUAAAACCAGUAUGUUAAUUCAACUCAAUAUUGCCACCUAGAAAUGCUGCUUGUUACCACCAACCCAUAUGACUACCCCUUCAUCAGCCAGGGAGAGAUUUCUGUGAAGAGUAUUGAUGACGAGGAGGAGUUGAUGGCUACAGAUGUAUGUAUUCACAUGUGAAAUGCAAUACAAUGUCAACUAACAGCUUUAAUCAGUCACUGGAACUCACACGUUUGUGUAUUCACAGAGUGCCAUCGAUAUUCUGGGAUUUAACUCAGAUGAGAAGAAUGGCAUCUACAAGAUGACUGGAGCAGUCAUGCACCAUGGUAACAUGAGGUUUAAACAGAAGCAGAGAGAGGAGCAGGCUGAGCCCGAUGGCACCGAAGGUAUCUCCUCUGUCCUCAUAAUUUAAACUUUAGCUGUGGACUAUAGGCAUUGUGAAAAUGUACAUAUGAUGCAUGUCUUCCAUAUAGUUGCUGAUAAAAUUGGCUACUUGAUGGGUCUGAACUCUGCUGACUUGCUGAAGGCUUUGUGUUUCCCGAGAGUAAAGGUUGGAAAUGAAUAUGUCACCAAAGGACAGACAGUCCAACAGGUAAUAAAUAUUAAAUACCCCUAUUUUUAAAUAAAGUAUAAGAUAUAUUAUAUUGAUGUCUUUUGGGCUGGGUUAUCUUUUGCACUGUGCAAGAACACUUGUUGUUUAGAGCAGCAUGUGUGCUUUUGUGAAAUGUAACUAAUGAAGUGCCUAAACAUCUCUAUUUAUAAAUUACCAGAAAACAUUAACUUUAUAAAAAUGAAAUGCCAUUUGUCUCCUCAGGUGUAUAACGCUAUUGGAGCUCUGAGCAAAUCUGUGUUUGAGAAGUUGUUCUUGUGGAUGGUGACCCGUAUCAAUCAGCAGCUGGACACCAGACUCCCAAGACAGUACUUUAUUGGUGUGCUGGAUAUUGCUGGCUUUGAAAUCUUUGAUGUAAGUUAUUAUUUGAUCGACUGCCAUGUUUCAGUGGUGUCAGUAAUUCUCAGAGACAAGUCUACUUAAUUCAUCAUUUUAUUUUCCAGUAUAACAGCUUGGAACAGCUCUGCAUCAAUUUCACCAAUGAAAAACUGCAGCAAUUCUUCAACCACCACAUGUUCGUCCUGGAACAGGAGGAAUAUAAAAAGGAAGGCAUUGAAUGGGAGUUCAUUGACUUUGGUAUGGAUCUGGCUGCCUGUAUCGAACUUAUUGAAAAGGUGAGUAUAAGAUUAAAGCUGACUUCCAAGCACUAAUGGAAGGUCAAUGGAAUAUCAACGCUUUCUGUCCCCAUCUUUUCAGCCAAUGGGCAUCUUCUCAAUUCUGGAAGAGGAGUGCAUGUUCCCCAAAGCUACUGACACCUCAUUCAAGAACAAGCUGUAUGACCAGCACUUGGGCAAAUGCAAGAACUUUGAGAAGCCCAAACCUGCCAAGGGGAAGGCUGAGGCUCAUUUCUCCCUCGUACAUUAUGCCGGCACCGUGGACUACAACAUCACUGGCUGGCUUGACAAGAACAAGGACCCACUGAACGAGACUGUUGUGGGCCUCUACCAGAAGUCUUCUGUUAAAAUCUUGUCCUUCCUCUACUCAUCUUACGCUGCUGCAGAUUGUAAAUAUAAUGAAUCUAUUUCACUGUAUAAAAUUUAACUUUUCCUUAUUUUCACUGAGCAUACACUUUAAUAUGAAUUUCUUUUCAUUCAGCUGCAGAAGCUAGUGGAAAAGGUGGUAAGAAAAAGAAGGGGUCAUCUUUCCAAACAGUGUCAGCUCUUUUCAGAGUAAGUUUUGGUCUCUCUGUAAUUAUUUUUUUUUUUGCAGAUUUAUAUAGUCUUUUUUUCAGAAAUGCUGUUUUAAUAGUUUAAAAAAAAAAAAAAAACAUACAUUCUGCAUCCACAUUUUACUAUAUCUGCAUUGGGCACAAAUUAAUAUUCCCAAAAUAAAAUAAAAAACAAAAGAAAUAUAAGAGUGGAAGAUAGGGUGAAUGUAACACAGGAUAUAAGUAUGCAGGAGGCCUUCUUCUGAUUUCAUUGACAUCAGUAAAUCAGUUCAUUGAACAGUCAGAGAAUGAUCAUGUCCAGUCUCUCCAUACCUCAAAAAGUCUUCAGUAGUAAAGGGAAUAUCUCAGAGAAAGUUGUGAAAUUAACUCCUUAAUUUAAGUUACAGCAAGUAAUUUUUAAAAGGUUUGCAUUCAUUUAAUAAAGUGCUGUCAAAAUAUCUUCAUUGGUCCUCAGGAAAACUUGAACAAGCUAAUGACUAACCUGAGAAGCACUCACCCACACUUUGUGCGUUGUCUGAUUCCCAACGAGACCAAGACUCCAGGUAACACAUUAUUCCAAACAAUUGCAAGGAAGGAAACCUAACUGACGCGUUCCUUUAAUCGAUCAUCAUUACCUUUCCAUUCAGGUACCAUGGAGAAUCAUCUUAUCAUCCACCAACUGAGGUGUAACGGUGUGUUGGAAGGUAUUAGAAUCUGCAGAAAAGGAUUUCCAAGUAGAAUCCUUUAUGCUGAUUUCAAGCAACGGUAAUUAAUCUAUAUCUGCAUUACACGAAAGCUGGAUGUAUACAGAAGUAAAUUUUAAAAGAGGAGUAGAGACUUGUACAAUAACUUUCUUACUAUGGUCUUGGUUUAAUAUUUUUUGAUACAUUUUUCACAUGAUUUAAUAUUUCUGGAUAAACUUUUAAUAUGAUUUGAUAUUUGGAAAAAUAUUUUAAUAUUUUGUAGUUGUGGGUGUGGUUAACCGGCCUAUAAAAUCUUAGGCCGCCCCAUUCCACAGGGUAGAGACCUUCUGGAUCAGCCCACCACCCACUCCCUUUAUGAAGCCAUUCAUCUUGGUAGGCCCUCUUUUACAGUCCUAACCCAAUGUCGGUUUCGGCACACCACAGCUGACUUAAACCAUCACUACUAUAACUUGGCUUAUUGUAUCCAACCACAAAUGUUAUAUAUUUCAUAUAUUAUUUUAUGUAUGACAUAAUUUUGCUUUAAUUUUUAAAUUUUAAAAAAUACAAUUGAAAAAUGUAUCCAAAACUAUUAAAUGAUUUCAAAGUCUUAUCCACAAAUAAUAUAUGGAAGUCUCAGUUCUAAUUCAUAAUUUGAAAAGCUUUGAAACAACCAUGAACUAAUAAAGUUAAGGGAAAUCUGAACAAUCUUGUCAUCACCAACUUCAGAAAAUGUGCAGUCACUGUGACUGGGUUUUCAUAAACCCCUUACUGAAGUGUCUCAUCUUUGUUUUAUUGGUGAAGUUACAAAGUCCUGAACGCCAGUGCAAUUCCAGAUGGCCAGUUUAUUGACAGCAAGAAAGCUGCUGAGAAAUUGUUGGGAUCCAUUGAUGUUGAUCACUCUCAGUAUAAAUUUGGGCACACCAAGGUAAUGAAAGGCUCCUACGGAGCACUCUGUACUAUGUGUUUGUGAGUUCUCUAAAUCACUCCUUACUACGUAUCCUUUCUUUACAGGUUUUCUUCAAAGCUGGCCUUUUGGGUGUACUAGAAGAAAUGCGAGAUGACAAGUUGGCUCAACUGAUCACGCGCACUCAGGCUCUCUGCAGAGGAUUCCUUUCAAGAGUUGAAUUCAAGAAGAUGGUGGAAAAAAGGUAUUACUUAACCUAUAAGAUGUUUAAAAUACUAACAUCUAUGAUUAAUUCUUGCCGCUAACACUUUGUCCUUUAUCCCCGGACAGAGAUGCUUUGUUUGUCAUCCAGUACAACGUCAGGUCUUUCAUGAACGUCAAACAUUGGCCAUGGAUGAAGCUGUACUUCAAGAUUAAACCUCUACUGAAGAGUGCCGAGACUGAGAAGGAAAUGGCCAACAUGAAAGAGGAGUUUGAGAAGACAAAGGAAGCCCUUGGUAAAUCAGAUAAACGCAGGAAGGAACUGGAAGAGAAAAUGGUUGCCCUUCUGCAAGAAAAGAAUGAUUUACAGCUGCAAGUUCAGUCGGUAAGAAAAUAAGAAAAGAUAUUGACAGAAAAUGUAAUUGUGAAUAAAUGCACAGAAUAUGAUACAUAUUACACUCUUAUAGGAAUCUGAAAAUCUGGCUGAUGCAGAAGAGAGAUGUGAAGGACUCAUCAAAAGCAAAAUUAAUCUUGAAGCUAAAAUCAAGGAGAUCACAGAAAGACUUGAAGAUGAGGAGGAAAGCAAUGCUGAGCUAACUGCCAAAAAAAGGAAACUAGAGGACGAAUGCUCAGAGCUAAAGAAGGAUAUCGAUGAUCUGGAACUCACCUUAGCCAAAGUAGAAAAGGAGAAACACGCCACUGAAAAUAAGGUAAGAGGAACCACAAUUACGACCCUAAAUCAUUUCAUUCCAAAGUACAAUUAUAUACAAGAUCUUUCAUAUUAAUCCGGUAGGUUAAAAACCUUACUGAAGAAAUGGCUGGACUAGACGAGAACAUCACAAAGAUUACCAAAGAGAAGAAAGCUCUCCAAGAGGCCCAUCAACAAACUCUUGAUGAUCUCCAGGCUGAAGAAGACAAAGUCAAUAUUUUAACAAAAGCCAAAACAAAGCUGGAACAGCAAGUGGAUGAUGUAAGUAAUUAUAACAUUUUUGCAGCAUCUAAAACUACUAUUUAUUAGCAAAAUGUGUCAAUAUCACUGAAAAUACUUUACAAAUGUAAUAGCUGGAAGGGUCACUGGAACAAGAGAAGAAACUUCGUCUUGAUCUUGAGAGAGCCAAAAGAAAGCUGGAAGGUGAUCUGAAACUGGCUCAGGAAACAAUCAUGGAUCUAGAAAAUGACAAACAGCAAACAGAUGAAAAAGUCAAAAAGUUAGUCUUUCAUAUUUAUUGCCUAAAGAAAGUCAGGAAAAGUUAAUUAGACCUGUUUAAUAAUUAAUUGUUCUUCCAAAACCAGGAAGGACUUUGAAAUAAGUCAGCUUCAGGGAAGAAUUGAAGAUGAACAGUCUCUGGGAUCUCAACUGCAGAAAAAGAUCAAGGAACUGCAGGUAAAGAUACAUUGAAAAAUGUUAACAAAGACAAAUUAGUUCCUUUAAUAAUGUUCAUUGUAAGCCUGUUUGAGCGUAAUCCACAAUAACCUAAUUUCUUCUUAAGACUUCUUAUUGUUCAUAUAUUAACUGUUUUCUGUUAUAGCCACACAUUAACAUGUGUUGAAGCUACAUAAACGCUAAUCACAAUGGUUAAUAGACUAAAUUAGUACUUCAGGGAAAUGACACAACUGUAACCAGUAAAUCACUGUUUUAGGCCCGUAUUGAAGAGGUUGAGGAGGAGAUUGAAGCUGAACGAGCUGCUCGAGCAAGAGUUGAGAAGCAGAGAGCUGACCUCUCCAGAGAACUGGAGGAAAUCAGUGAAAGACUAGAAGAAGCUGGAGGAGCAACAUCAGUCCAGAUUGAGUUGAACAAGAAACGUGAAGCUGAGUUCCAGAAACUGAGACGAGACCUGGAAGAAUCCACCCUUCAACAUGAAGCUACUUCAGCUGCUCUGCGCAGGAAGCACGCUGAUAGCGUUGCUGAGCUGGGUGAACAGAUUGACAAUCUUCAAAGAGUGAAACAGAAGUUGGAAAAAGAGAAGAGUGAGCUAAAGAUGGAAAUCGAUGACAUGGCCAGCAAUCUGGAGAACGUGUCUAAGUCCAAGGUACAAAAAGUGCAAGUGGCAGUUCAGGUCCUAGUUACUGUGUUAAUGUAACAAGCUUUGUUCUAAUUAUUUCAUUUCAUUCUAAAGGCCAAUCUGGAAAAAGUGAGCCGGAUGCUAGAAGACCAACUGAGUGAGAUAAAGACAAAGGAUGAUGAACACCAAAGGCUAAUUAAUGACCUGACAACUCAAAGAGCUCGGUUCCAGACUGAGAAUGGUAUGUGGAUUAGAAUAUAAAUUUAACCUAAACUGACUGAAUCAGAUUUACUUAUCAUGUUAGGAAUUAGACAAAGACCAUAAAUUAAUAUCUGCUCACAAGCAAAAAAGAAAUAUAGCUUGCUUACCAUUGUAAUUGAACUUAUAAUAAUUGUGUCUACUCUGUGACUGAUAAAAUAAUUGUUUUAUACUUAAAAAGAACAAAGUUAAAAUUGGCAACAGAAAAAUUCAAAAAGAAACUAAAAAUGAAUCCCAAGAGCCUAAUAUUUUUUUUCUCCGAACAGGUGAAUUAUCCCGUCACGUAGAAGAAAAAGAAGCUCUGAUUUCUCAGCUGACCAGAGGCAAACAGGGAUUUACUCAACAAACUGAGGAGCUGAAGAGGCAACUGGAAGAGGAAACAAAGGUAAAUGUGCAGAAUAUACAAAGGAUUUAUCUUGUCUUCUAAUAGCAAAGUGUGUAAUGAAACUAAUAAUAAUAAUUGGAGCUGGAGGUAUCAAUUCCAACAUGGGACCUUCUCAUUACACCUUUCUUACUGUGCAUUUCGUUUCCAUACAAAUCGUGAUAAUCUAAUAUUGGUACAUGCCAGUCCUGCACGACUAUAUGGUAUUAGUGUCUCCAUGGAAAGGCACUCUCUCUAUAGAGAGUUAACUUCAAAUCAUGUUCAUUUUAAUUUGCAGCUCUGUCUGCUUCUUCUUCUACCUUAGCAAAAUCGUUUUUAUUUAACGUUCACAAUAAAUAUAAAUACUUUUUUAUAAAUUAUUUUAAACUGUCUCAUAUUUACAUCCACAGGCCAAGAACGCCCUUGCUCACGCUCUGCAAUCUUCCCGCCAUGACUGCGACUUGCUCCGUGAACAGUAUGAGGAGGAACAGGAGGCAAAGGCUGAGCUCCAGCGCGCUUUGUCCAAAGCAAAUGGGGAGGUCGCACAAUGGAGAAACAAAUAUGAGACAGAUGCCAUUCAGCGCACUGAAGAGCUGGAGGAGGCCAAGUAUGCACUAACUAGCUCUGGAUAAUAAAACCGGAAACUAUUUAAGCCUAGCAAUAAUUCCCACUUGUGGCGGACCACCUGGCACCCGGCUGGGUAUCUCCGCCAAUCGCUGCUUCCUAGUAUCGGCGAGCACUCCAAGCACUCCACCAGACACCAUCAGCAUUGUAGACCCUUGGCCACUGCAGCUUGACUGGGGACUCGCUGUUUUCCAUCCAACCUGGACCCAACUUCCAGUGGGUGGACCUCUCCUACUCCAGAGAUUAUAGCAGGAUAGCUCUUACAAGAGCCUGUAUAGCCUUCUCCCAUAGACAUGAGAAGAGGCUCUAUGCUGGGGAUGUACUGGAACUUGUUUAAUGGGAGCCACAUGCAUCUUUUAUGCAACUCCCCAUGCAAGGGGUUUCCUUAAUCACAUUCCAGGGGCAUUCUCCACUGGACCAUUCCACAAACUCCUCCCCUGUGCCUGAGAGAUAAUUACCUCAACACACAAACAUAUAAUUAAAUUAUCUCUCAGGUACAAAAACAUACAAUUUAACAAACCCCAAAACCCCCCCAAAACACAUGAAAACCACACAAAAGUCACAUCCCCUGGGUGACCAACAUAUCCAAAACUCACCCAUAUCGGUUCCGGGGCGUUGGGAUUUUUAUGAAAGUCUAUUAUUUGCGAGCACAAAAGUACAUAAAACACAGAACAGAAUACCUUAAUUACUUGUGUAGCCUGUUACCCUUGUUUGUGGGAACAUUUCCACCAAACAGUGCCUUUCUAAGUGGGGUAGAACUGAACGCAGGCGGUGAUGGAAGUCCAUCGGUGUUCGGUAGUUUCUGUGUCCGAUUUUAGUUCCAUGAGAUUCAUGCCCAAACACCCCUGCCUGCGUUCGCGGGAACAAGAUGGCCACUACUUCGUGGUCGUUCAUAUGAAAUGUGGCCACCCAGACGAACACUUAGAACACUGCGGUUUGCGAAAUUGCUACAAAGGAUCAAUUGGCCUUAACAAGCUCCCGGGUGGUCUUAGGUUCGUGCGGCUGUUCGGUUCCCAAACCAUAUCCCAAAUGCACGAACAGAGCCUUUUUAAAGUAUAUUAGCCAAAGUCUAUUGCAGGGGCAAAAGUCCUGAGGCAGGAGGCUGGCAAGCAGGCUCCUCCAGGACCUGGCGAGGUUCUGUUCAGCCAACACCACUAAUUAAACAUUCUGAUUAAUUACCAGGAAGAAGCUGGCUCAGCGUUUACAGGAAGCUGAAGAGCAGGUGGAGGCCGUGAACUCCAAGUGUGGAUCCCUGGAAAAGACCAAGCAGAGGCUGCAGGCUGAAGUGGAAGAUCUGAUGGUGGAUGUUGAACGAGCAAACAGCGCAGCGGCAGCUCUUGACAAGAAGCAGAGGAACUUCGAUAAGGUAAAGAGUUAAUAUAUUCAUAUUAUACCUUACGUUUCUCAAGUGACAUUCAGAAAUAAACCAUAUUACACCAUCAGGUCCUGGUAGAAUGGAAACAGAAUUAUGAAGAAGGCCAAGCUGAACUAGAGGCAGCUCUGAAAGAGUCCCGCACGCUGAGCACGGAGAUCUUUAAAAUGAAGAACGCGUAUGAGGAGGCUUUAGAACAACUGGAAAGUCUAAAACGUGAAAACAAGAACCUGCAACGUACGUAAUAUACUAAGCUGAACUAACUUUAAAAAAAAAGAUAAAUAUUCCAUAGGGAAAGAAUUUAAUAUCUUAAGAGUGAAUUAAAGAAUAUUCAUAUAAAAUACUUUUUGUGGCAAUUUCCUACACAGAGGAGAUCUCAGAUCUGACUGAACAAAUUGGUGAAUCUGCAAAAUCUAUCAAUGAGCUGGAAAAAGCCAAGAAGGUUGUAGAACAGGAAAAGAACGAUCUGCAAGCAGCCUUGGAGGAAGCGGAGGUACAGAGAGAUCCUUCAUUGGGUGAAAAAAAAACAUACAACUUGUUUUCAUUUUUAAAGUAUGAGUUAUUUUUGCCUUAACUAGGGAUCUCUGGAGCACGAAGAAGCAAAGAUCCUGCGUAUUCAGCUUGAACUGAACCAGGUGAAAUCGGAGGUAGACAGGAAAAUUGCAGAGAAAGAUGAAGAGAUUGAGCAGCUGAAGCGGAACAGUCAGAGAAUCAUUGAUACUAUGCAGAGUACGCUGGACUCUGAAAUCAGAAGCCGUAAUGAUGCUCUCAGACUAAAGAAAAAGAUGGAGGGAGAUCUGAAUGAACUGGAAAUCCAGCUGAGUCACGCCAACCGCCAAGCUGCGGAGGCGCAGAAACAGCUCCGAAAUGUCCAGGCACAGCUGAAGGUAUGGCAAACUCUAAAAGUCAUUCAAUAGAUUGUCACCGAGACCAGUGUGCUAAAGGUGUAAUACAAAUAGCAAUGUAAAAACAGUCAUAGAAAGGUAUAUAAAAUGACAAAGUAGUAAAAGAACAUAUCACAUCAUACAGAAUUGUGUAAUUGUUCAGCCUGCAGACAUAUUCCCAUUAUUUUCUCAGCUUACAAACUUUCUAUCGGUCUAUAAAUGAUUCGGUUUCUCCUACUUGUUUUUUUAAGACAGGGCUUAAAAUGUCUAGCCCUACACUAGCCAAGCCUUAAAACCCACUUAAAAGCCACUACAAACCCGGCAGAGUCCAUGACACUCCAACCAGGCGAAAUUUCUACAUAAAUGGAAACUGUGAUACAUAAAAUGUCCUUGGGGCACAAAGCCCUGGGUGAAGGAAGCAUUGUAAGGUAUUAGUGGCACAAUGACAUCAUUAUGACAGGCCACUCUCUCUCACGAGUGCAAUAAAAUGAAUGUUUGAGAUAACUGUAAAACUAACUUGUUCUAUACAUUGGCAUACUAGGAUACCCAGCUCCACUUGGAUGAUGCUCUCAGAGGUCAGGAGGACAUGAAAGAGCAACUUGCUGUGGUGGAGCGCAGGAAUAACCUACAACAGGCCGAAAUUGAGGAGAUAAGAUCUGCCCUAGAACAGACUGAGAGAUCUAGAAAGAUUGCUGAGCAGGAACUUCUGGAUGCCAGUGAAAGAGUCCAGCUUCUUCACACCCAGGUAGGACCAUUCAAUAAAGAGAAGGGAUCUCAGUGCUGCAUCCUGUGUUACAAAGCAAGUAAUUCUAAAUUCCCUCUUUCUCUUUAGAAUACAAGUCUCCUAAGCACAAAGAAGAAGUUGGAGAGUGACGCAUCCCAGCUUCAGAAUGAAGUCGAGGAAGCAAUUCAAGAAGCCAGGAAUGCAGAAGAGAAAGUCAAGAAAGCCAUCACUGAUGUAAGUGUUGUCCUGUUUGUGUACACAUAUUUUUCAGUGAAACAUUGAAAGGAAUAAUUCUGACUGUUAUGACUUUCAAAGGCUGCAAUGAUGGCUGAGGAACUGAAGAAAGAGCAGGACACAAGUGCACACUUAGAGAGGAUGAAGAAGAAUCUUGAACAGACAGUGAAGGACCUUCAGCUUCGUUUGGAUGAAGCUGAGCAGCUGGCCAUGAAAGGAGGCAAGAAGCAGCUCCAGAAACUGGAAGCAAGAGUACGUAGUAUUAAAAUUUUUCAUUUUUUUUCUCUUUGUAUUUGUUUUUUAGAAACAGUUUUCUAAACCUCACAAAUGGCACAAGGUCAGGUAUCUUAUGUAAGCAGGACUCAUCUAUUUGCAAAUAUCCAUCUCCUCUAAUGUUUAACAUUAUAUAAAAAAUAUUAAAAGAUUACACGUUAACAUAAGGAUUAACCAGUAACACAAUACUUUAAAAAAGUUUGUUGAGGUUAAUAUUUAUAAUAAAAUAAUAUAAAUUUCUAAAAGCAUGAAAUAAAUAGUGGAAUCAUCAUAUAGGUCCGUGAGCUGGAAAAUGAACUUGAUGCUGAACAGAAACAUGGCUCAGAAGCGGUUAAAGGUGUCCGCAAGUACGAGAGACGCGUGAAAGAGCUGACCUAUCAGGUAAAGUUAUACAACUAUUGCAAGAGUACGCCACACAUUAUCCAGAAAGGAGGAAUUUCAAAGCAAGGAAAUAGGUCUUACAGGGACAUCAAGGGGAGUCAAAAACAUCUUAUUAUAAAACGCUGCUUAACAUUGUUAAGAAAUCUAAAUGAUAAAUUCUUCAUUUUUAUAAAUUCAAAUUGACAAAAAGGGAAGUUGACAGGUUUUCUCCAUUAUAUAAAUAAUAUUAAUAAAUAGAAAGGUUUUCUCCUUUACUACAUUAACAGAAUGAAGAGGAUCGUAAGACGGUAUUGAGACUGCAGGAUCUGGUGGAUAAGCUCCAGAUGAAAGUUAAAGCCUACAAGAGACAGGCCGAAGAGUCGGUGAGUUCAUUAAACAAAGCAUGGGGUGAAAAAAGUAUCCAAAGUAAAAAAAUCCCAUAGAUUUAAAGGGACUCUCCAGUGCCAGGAAAACAUAUCCGUUCCUGCAGUGCCCCCCUCCCUCGCACCCCCAUCCCAUGUUGAUGAAGGAGUUAAAACCCCUUCAGUGACUUACCUGAAUGCAGCACCGAUAUCCCUCGGCGCUGGGUCAGGCUUUCUCAAAAACAGAGAAUUGCAAAAUCUUUAAUUUGGAAAUCUUAAGCCAAAGUAGCCAGAUUGGAAAAUAACUUCAGUGCAGCAAAUUGUUUUUUUUUUUUGUUGUAAUGUUUGAAAAAAAGGAACUAAUUUAAGACAGAAUAAUGCCAUCUGAAAUGUGAUAUAACCACCUAUCUGUCACUCAGGAAGAGCAGGCCAACGCACACCUGUCCCGCUUCAGAAAGGUCCAGCAUGAGCUAGAGGAAGCCGAGGAGAGAGCGGACAUUGCCGAGUCUCAAAUCAACAAACUGAGGGCAAAGAGCCGUGACAUGGGGGGCAAGGUAAGAAUCUGGGUAUUUCUCAUUUAUGAAACACCAGAGAGUAAUUUAGAAAGGUCCAGCAAACUAUGCGUAAUCUAUAUUCAUUAGAGAGUGAUACAGAUCUGCAUCCAGAAAAAUGGCUAAAAUCUCACAACUGAUUCAAAUGACCCAGUGUCUACUCUAGAAUGCAUUGUCUGCCUCUGUGAUAGCCAAGGGACUGUUCCAGUAAGCCAUUCACAAACACAAAGUCAGACUAACACUAACAUGACCUCUUUUAUCUGCAGAAGGGAGAGAGUGAGUGAACGCAGACUCCGUCAUAAGGCCGGGAGGAAAGCAUCCGAAUGCAGAUUUCUUUCUUGCCGUAUGUGAUUGUCUAUGAGGUGUCAAUGUCACUUUGUAUAGUAAAUAAAAUGCAAAUCCUGCUGAAAUCCA